CUUGGUCUUACGCAUCAAUCUUCAAAACCACAGUACUCUUAUUGUAUGUGUUUUAGAAGUAACCAAUUAUGAAAACUGUACUGUGGAAUAUUAUUUCGUUUCAAGUCAUUUUGGUUGGCUGUCAAGUGUUACAAGACAAUAAUGGGGCGACUCUACAAUGCGGUAAUAACAUCUGUCCCUUCUGGUCGACGUGUACUAACAAUACCCUGUCUGGCGAGAUGGAGUGCGGAUUUUGCAUGGCGGGAUUCAUGGGCAAUAAUUGCACGGACGGAGAUGAGUUUACAAUCCUAAACUAUGAUCCGUGCGCUCGCCAUGGGACAGGUACCUGUGUUAACACUCUCGGGGGUUACAAUUGCACCUGCCUAGUGGGUUGGACUGGACCGCGAUGCCAAUACUUGGACGAGAACGUCAUCGCCUCGGACCGAGCCUGUCUUCGAGGAUUCGUGAACAAAGCCUUUAAUGACACGUACGCGGAAAGUCAAGAUAUUGAUGAAUGCAGUACCAGCAGCACUAACACGUGUGGAUUCCAUCAGCACUGCAAUAAUACUGCUGGUAGUUAUAAAUGUGAAUGUGAUAUCGGCUGGGAAGGCUCAAACUGUGGAAAAGAUAUAGAUGAGUGCACACGUGCAAAUAUUUGUGGUAUAAACCAACACUGUAUAAAUACUGGUGGCAGCUACGUCUGCCUUGGAGAUACUGCAAAUUCGUCUACGACAAACACUGUUGAUGGCGGUCAUAUGCACAUUGUACAUAGUUCUGCAUAUUCGAAGCAAAAUCCGGAGAACCAACAGGAAACAAAACUUGAUGUUGUUCUUGGCUCCGUAUUUGGCACCGUAGCCUUAAUUUCCGGAUUUUAAGUGGCACUGUGUGCAUA